ACACCACUCCAAACAACUCCAACAUCUUCUAAUUUCUAACUAAAUUUCCCAGGAAAGUCUAAGAAAACAUAUUCAACGCGGUUUAUUUAACCGACGACCAAAACCACCCAGAGACUUCCAUUUAGGCCACCAGCCAUCCAGCACAGUCCAAACACUUAGAUAUAUAAAAGCUAAGGAACACAGUAGACUCUAUAAAUACAUACACAAUAAUUAUCUCCAAACGCCUCUCAAUUCUUGGCUUUUUCCAUAACCAAAAAGCAAACAGGGGAGCUCUGAGAACACUAUCCCUAGCUAGCUAUGGCUACGAGGAUCAAAUUCGCCGCGUUUGUUGUACUCUUAGCCGCCGUCUUGGCGACGACGUUGCCUGAGACAACUAACGCCGCCGUUCAUGUCGUCGGCGACGCCACGGGAUGGACUGUGCCUCCCAGCACUUCCACCUACGCCACCUGGGCCUCCGGAAAGACCAUUAAAGUCGGUGACACUUUAGUGUUCAACUUUCCUAGUGGGGUACAUGAUGUGGCUAAGGUAACAAAGAGCGCAUAUGAUAAUUGCAACACUACAAGUCCGAUUUCACUUUUUACAGUCGGACCAGCCAAUGUGACUCUGAAUUCCAGUGGAGAAGAAUACUUCAUUUGCACCUUUGGUCAGCAUUGCCCAUUGGGCCAAAAACUUGCUAUCAAUGUUUCUGCUGCCUCCCCACCUCCCUCUCCUACUCCUGCCCCUACUCCCCGCCCGACCCCGACCCCAACCCCGACCCCGACACCAACUCCAAAACCAAGCCCGACCCCGGCACCUACCCCGAAGCCAAGCCCGGGGCCGUCUCCGUCCUCGACUCCAACUCCAACUCCAAGUUCAAGCCCAAGUCCUUCAUCACCUGGGCCUUCAGGUCAGGCACCGUCUUCUCCUACCCCUAGUGGAGGUACCCCUGGAGGUCCACCGGCACCAGUACCGGCGGCCAACACUCCCGGGGGAACACCCACGGCGCCGCCACCGCCUAGCUCUGCUCCCACAGCUAGUGUUGUUGCCACUUCUCUUGUUGUGGCCAUGUCAAUUGCCAUUGGUGUUAUCGUGUGCUAAAUAAUUUGUAGUCCGGUAUAGAGAAUUUUGUGUACGUGUUAGUGAUGUCAUUAUUGAGUUUGUACUUUAUUAGUUACACAGACAGACAGUUCAUGCGUGCACAGUCAUCUUUGUUUUUAUUAUUACUUUGAUUGGCUAGUGAGAGAGCUACUGAUUGUUGUUUGUUGAUCAAUAAAAGGUGUUAUGUUUUCAAUUUU